AUGAGCGACAUAUCAGAGUAUAUCUUAGAAUGCGACCUCAAUUUUUAUAGAGCUUAUGCCUUACCGAUCAUAAAAAAUAACCCAGAAAUGUUUGAUUUGGAUGGGUUUCAAUCAAUUUUACAUGAAAAUGAAAACAUAUCACUUCACAGAACCAUACAAGAAGCAUUUCAUGAAUUCGAAUUGGAUAAACAAUCACAAUAUGAAUUAAAUCCAAGAUAUGGAAGAUAUGUAUGGGACAUGGCUGAUCAAUGGUAUCAGAAAUGGUCCGUAGUAUUCUCGAUUGAACAUAUGUGUAAUUGGGUCACGAGUCCAUCUUCAAAGCCAACAAAAGUAUUUGACGUUACUGCUUGGUUAACUCAUACUGCCAAAAAAUAUUAUAUUCAUCCUGAUCAUCUAAAACUGUUACAACACCUUAGUCAUUAUAUCGCUGACUGGCAUCAAUCCAACAGGCCUCUUGCUUUAAGAGGUGUAUUCAAACUAAACACGGUUCCUUUCUUUCCUCCAACUUGGUUCAUAAAUAAAUCAAGACAAAGCAAAAGUGAAGGCCUUGCUCCCUCUUAUCUGGCUACAUUUGUCCCUCCUUACCGUUUACCUGAUCAUCAAGUGCCAGAACGCUGGAAUCAAGUGUUCCUGAAAGGCAUCACAGUGCAACCCGAUCAAAAGUUCAAUCUUGACCCCAUCCUCAUUCAUUCAACCUUGCAUAUCCUAGGCAUAACAACGGACUAUGAUGAAGAAUCUCAAACAAGUAAAUUGAUGUUUGUCAUGCCCAAGGCAAAAUUUGGUAAUCUCGAAAGCCAUAUUGAUCGAGAAAUACCCAAGGAUUAUUUGAAACCCUGUCAAUUAGCGUUGAGCAUCACCAAAGAUGUCAAGGAUUUACAUUGGAACUUCAUCCAUGGUAAUAUUCAUCCACGUAAUAUCUUGUUAAAUUAUGCAGAUUAUGUCGGCGAGUUGGUUGAUAUCACAUUUAUGAAACGAAAUAAUGAUAAAAGCAAUAUGGCAUGGGCAGGUCGUUGGCCUUAUGUCGCUCCUGAAGUCGUCUCGACUGGACUCAGCACCUCGGCAGAUAUUUAUGCCCUUGGUAUCAUCCUCUGGCAAUUGAUCUCACGCGUCACUUUUCCGGAUGACGCCCUGGUAGACCCUCAUAUCUAUCGUAUUGAACCAAUUCCUGACGUUUUGAAGGAAUGGCAAGAUAUAUAUAUUGAUUGUCUACACAUCGACCCGUCCAAGCGACCGAAUGCUUAUACUCUACACAGACGAUUAACCACUCUCUGCACCAAACUUAAACAGUCACCAGUGCCUCUCUCGGAUAUCACCACUGAUUACAUAAAAGCAAGAAGAGCCGAAAUUGAUCAGUUCUUAUCUAGCUAUCGAAAACUUUCACCACAGGAACUGUAUGUGUCUUCACCUAUGCCUACAUCCACCAGUAGUACGGAUAGUCAUACGAGCACGAGCAGUAGUAAUGAAUCAAGAAGCACAUUAUACCAAGUUGGAGAUCAAGUAUUGACCGCUUCUGUCACAAGGCCAUCUCACCAACGACUAAGAAGUUAUCCAAGCCUUAUUCAAAGCUUUCCCUCCUAUACAUAG